CUCACGUAACAGGGUGGAGAAGAGGAAACUAUUAUUUUGGCGACUUCCAUCCAGCUCUAAAUCUGAACAUGAUCUACCUGUGUUGAAUAUAUAAUUCAUUUAUUUUUUCCAUUAAGUACCAUUUCCAACUCCGCCACUCAGCCAUGGCUUCACCAGUACUCGAUAUUGUGUCGACCGUGAUGAUUUACCCUGUACUAGUCACCACAGCUACAGUGACAGCAGCGACUCUCCUUCUCUACCUCAGUCGACCAGUUCUUGUUGUUCAGGCAUACAUGAGACUUGCAGUGUUGCUAAGUGGCAUGAAGAUUCAGUAUGUAAAACUUGGGAACCAGACAUUAUGUUAUGGAGAGAGAGGUAGAAGACGAUCUGACAAGUCUUCCAUUCUCCUUCUUCAUGGAUUCUCAGCUGACAAGUUUAUGUGGGUGCCUUUAGUGAAGAAUCUGCCUGAUUACCAUGUGAUUGCGUUGGACUUGCCUGGACAUGGGGACAGCAGCACUCCCUCCGAAGAUGAAGACAUCUCCUUUAUUGGACAAGUGUCCACAGUUCACCAGUUUGUAGAAGCUGUUGGACUAAAUAAGGAACCAUUCCAUAUAGUGGGGAUGUCUAUGGGUGGUUCUAUUGCUGGCUUGUACACUGCAAAAUACCAAGAUCAUAUUGAGAGGGUCACAAUGAUAUGUCCAGCAAUGAAGACACCUAAGGACAGUGAAGUUUCAAUUAAAAUCCGAGAGAUUAUGGAAUCUGGAGAUGAUGAAACCAUCCUUAAGGAUUGCCCAUUUAUACCAAAGAACCCAGAGGAGAUGAAACAUAUGUUAAGCUUUGCUCAAUUUUACAAGCCUAAUUUCUUUUUUACAAAUCAGAUCCUGCAAGGUGCUGUUGAGAUGAGAAAACCAUACCACAAGUUUUUCUUUAGAUUGUUCAAGUCCCUUGCCAGCUGGGAAUAUGCAGGAAUAUUGGAAAAUACAGCUCACAAAAUUAAUGUACCUAGCCAACUUAUAUGGGGCGAGGAAGACCAGGUGAUCGAUGUAUCAGGAGCAACUGUGCUGCAAGAGAAGCUGCCAAACUGCCAGUCUGUGGAUAUCAUUUCCCGCUGUGGUCAUGCUAUCAAUCUGGAUAGACCAGGAUCUAAGACCAAGGCUAUACUAAAAUUCAGAGGCGAACUUAAAACCAAACAAAGCUGAUGGUCCAUAUCACAACACAGCACAAAAUAUACACCUGCUCAGUUUUGUUUUUGCUUUUAUACAAAAGAUGGCAUUUGAUAAUCAUUAUUUUAGGCAUUUUUAAUAUCAAAAUUGGCUAAAAUGGUUUAAGAAUUGAUAUAAUAGAAAACAU